UCUCCUCUCCACCCACUCCCUUCUCAAACGCUCUCUCUCUCUCCGACUUCCGAUCGCCGACUCGGUGCUCGCCUGACUCAGUUCCCGCUGAUUCCCACUCGCUCACUCUCUCUCUGGGGUUCGUUUCGCCUCUCAAUUGCGCUGUUUUCAACUUCACCACGACGUCGUUCCGAUCAAUCUAGGGUUUUCGCAACUCACUAACUUAAUUCUCCGACGACUCUCUCAAUUCGACUUCUUCAAUUGCUCGAUUCCGAGCUCUCUAGGAGUUGUUGAGCCACUCGCAGCUUCCUUCGUCUUCGUUCGGGUUUCGGAACAAGUUUUUUCUUCUGCAAUCUCAAUUUUGUGCAAAAAUGGGGAAUAAGUUCCUUUUGUGGAAAUUAGGGUUUCUCUGGUGUAUUGUCUAAGAGUUUGUUGAGAAUUUGGAGUUUUUCUUGCUUUAUUUAUUGAAUAUGCUAUAUAUUUUACUUAAUAAUUCCACAGCUCUGUUUUUCUUGUGUGUUAGUUUCGGGGGAAUUAGGGUUUCUGAAAGAAGGUGAAGUUUCGGUUGUAUGAAAUCUAGGGUUUUCGGUGUGAAGUAAGAGCUAGGGUUUGAGAGAUGUUUUAUUCUCAGUUCAUUUUGGCCAAGAAAGGGCCGCUCGGGACGAUAUGGAUAGCGGCGCAUUUGGAGAGGAAGCUUCGCAAGAAUCAGGUCGCGGACACAGAUAUUGGAGUCUCAGUGGAUUCAAUCCUUUUUCCAGACGUCCCUAUAGCUCUUCGGUUGUCCAGUCAUCUUUUACUCGGAGUUGUCAGGAUAUACUCUAGAAAGGUGAAUUACCUUUUUGAUGAUUGCAGUGAGGCUUUGCUUAAGAUAAAGCAAGCUUUUCGCUCCACUGCAGUUGAUUUACCUCCAGAAGAGUCUACUGCACCAUAUCAUUCCAUCACCUUGCCUGAGACCUUUGAUCUCGAUGAUUUCGAGCUUCCUGACAAUGAAAUGUUACAGGGGAACUAUGUUGAUCAUCAUGUCAGUGCAAGAGAGCAGAUUACGCUCCAAGAUACCAUGGAUGGUGUGGUUUACUCAACAUCUCAGUUUGGAUUGGAUGAGCGGUUUGGCGAUGGUGACACUUCUCAAAUUCGUUUGGACCUUGAUGAGGAUCUGUUCUUAGGCAAGGUUGCGGCCAAAGAAAAUAAUGGAAUUCCAGAUACUGAACCACUGGCAUCGGCUCAACCGAUGACACCUGUCGAAAAGGAUGAAGCUUAUGAGGGAAUAUCUGGAACUACAGCACGAAUGCAAACAAACAAUGAUGGUGACCAGAACAAAAUUCAAGCAGCGAAUGGAGAAGCUAUAGUGCUUGCUCAAACCCCGCUUACUCCUGGAUUUAUGGAAUGUCCAAGCCCUUCGAAUGUUCAGGGGGCUCUGUCCUGUGAUGGUCAAACAGAAUCAAAAGACCAUGAUUUAUUAGAACCCGAAGCACUGGAAUGUACAGUAACUCUGAGUAAGUCUGAUGCCCUUGAAACUGUUUCUCGUUCUGAGGAAAAUGGCUACCUUUCUGGUGACAUGGAGAUGAAACAAGCGAAGACACAGGUACAUUCAGCAUCCAUUGCAGUUAUUAAAGAGAACAUCUCAGCGGAUAACGAUCUGUCAGCACCUUCAUCUGUCAUGCUUGAGCAUGUUAAUCCCAUUCCUCUAGAACCAGAAUGUUCAAAUGGAAAUGUUAGUGCACUCGAUGGUCCAACUAGGGUGGAAGACAUACACAAUGGCGUUGUAUUAAACAACAAACUAACUGCUCACCAUGUAGAGAGAACAGAUGUACAAUGUGCUGAAUCUCCUACUUGCUCCCAGGUAACCACUGAAAUGGACGAUCCUGGUCGUAGGACUUGUUCAGCGGACGUUGAAAUUCACAAUAAUACGGGAGAGUCAUGCUCCCCUAGCAAUGCAUUGGCAUCAAAUGUUGUUUAUCCACCAGAAUCACCAGGUAGACCUGAAGUUGUGAAUGUUGAAGCUCAAACACUUCAAGAGCAAAAAGAAACAAAUGGUCUGAACCAUUCUAAUGAACACAUGGGAUCUAAUGACUUGCCUGGGCUCCGUGCUUGCAGCACUCGGUCACAACUUGAUGCGUCAUCUCUUAGAGGUGAAGGGACCCAUUCAACUGAUAUUCUAGAACCAAAUGCAGAAAAAAGACAGCUUGUUGAGCCUGCAGGAUCUGGAGAGACUCCAAAUGAUUGCAGGAAGUUUGAUGAAGAAAUGGAUAAUGCAGCAUCAUGUGAUAAUCAGUUGGAGAAUGUAGAAAAAUCUGCGGCUUCGGACUUGCCUGCGCCUGAAAAGAUGCUAUCUGCAUCAGAGGGGCAAACUUGUAAACCAAAUGAGUUGCUAUUGGAGACCACGCCUGAGAAAGAGGUUUCUGGGGACGAUGGGGGUGGUGCUGCGAGCAAAGCCAUGUCAGGAAAGAAACGUAGUUUCACAGAGAGUACUUUGACAGUACAUAGUUUAAACUCGAGCGAAUCAUUUGGUAUGAACAAAUCAAGGAGAACUGCAGAAUACAUUCCUGGUGAUGAUGAUUUGCUGUCUUCUAUAUUAGUUGGAAGAAAAUCUUCGGUUUUAAAAAUGAAGCCCACUCCACCUGCACCUGAAAUAAUAUCCACAAAACGCCUUCGAUCUGCUUCCCGUGCUAGUGCCUCAAAGAGGAAAGUGCUUAUGGAUGAUAUAAUGGUUCUACAUGGCGAUACAAUACGGCAACAGUUGACAAAUACUGAAGACAUACGUCGUGUACGGAAGAAAGCUCCCUGUACGCGCCCAGAAAUAUCAAUGAUUCAGAGACAAUUCUUGGAAGAAGAGAUGUUUAGUGAACCCAUUUUUACUGGUAUGUCAGCAGCACUGAUAUUUUUGCACUGUGGAGUAUUUGAUUUGAGUAGGAUAAAGGUUUCUGAAAAUGAUCAAGACAAUGCUCCCAUUGAAUUGGCUAAGGAUGUUGAGUCUUCUGUUGCCGCGAGAAAUGAUGUGGAAACACAGCCUGAUAAUAUUCCUUGUCUCGGUGAGGAUCAACACACUGAGAACAAUGACCUGAGAUCUCAACAUGAAACCUUUGGGGAGGUAGCUGAAAUGGAAAUCGAUGGCCAAAAUGUUGAAGUGGCUGAUGCUGCAGAUCACAUUCUUCAUGGGAUUGAAUCACAAUUUCCAACUGAUCCCGUCUCUAAUGAUGCCAAUGUGCCAGAAAACAUUGUGCAAACAGAUCUGGUGGAUACAAAGAAUGAUGCCAAUGCUUCUCUUCAGAUGGAUGCAUCAAGCAUGUCACCACAAAAGUUAGAUACUGAACCUGUUUUGGGCGCAUCACUAGUGGAUAAAAGUAGUGAGGGAGUGGAUACUAUUGUUGCUGGACAUGAUGUUGAAAUCAGAGUAGAUACAGAGAAAGAUAAUGGCAAUUUACAUCCUUCUGAAACUGUAGGAUGUGACAAUAUGGCCUCUGAAAACGGAGACCAAUCUGUAGGAGGAACUGGAAAUGAUAAUCUGAGUGUUAUGAAUCCAGAUGAAGUCCAGGCAUCAGAGUUGGGUUGUGAUGAGAAGGAUCUGACUUCUAGAUGUGUGCAGGGUGAAGGAGUCAACUUAGAUUCUAGUUUUCUCGUAGAACCCAUUCUUGAUGGAGAAAAUGCUUUCUUGAAUAAAGGAGAAACUUCAGACUUUCAGGAAGCUGAUAUGCCAAGUAUCACGAAUGCAGAAAUUGCUGCUGAGUGCUCUACAAUUGAGGUUCGCGGGGAUUUUGAAGAUGUCACAAUUGCAAAUGACACAGAGUUUUUGAAUGUAGAUGAUGAUGAAGUAGCUGAAGAUGACGAAGAUAAUGAGCCAGGCACCGAAGAUACUCGUCUUCUUGAGAACACUGGAUGGUCUUCUCGGACCAGGGCUGUUGCCAAGUAUCUCCAAACUUUAUUUGACAAGGAAGAGCUGCAUGGAAGGAGGGUUCUCCCCAUGGACAAUCUGUUAACUGGUAAAACUCGUAAGGAAGCAUCAAGGAUGUUUUUCGAAACUUUGGUUCUCAAGACGAAGGAUUACAUCCAUGUAGAACAAGCAAAACCCUUCGACAACAUUAUUUUAAAGCCUCAAAUAAAGCUCAUGAAAUCAGACUUCUGAAAUCUCUUACAUAGGAAAAGCAGAUUACAGUUGAAACGACGUAGUGCUAGUUUGGCUGGUUGAUUAUUAUCAUUAUCAUUUUUUUUCCCUUCAUUAUUUUUAUUUCCUUCUUUUUUUUUUUUUUUUUGGAUAGUGUCCUUUUGUCUUUAUAUUUUUUGAAUGGCAGAGAUGGAGGGUUCUUGUUUGGAUGAAGGGGCAGGGGAGAAUAGGGAAAAAAAAUAUAAUAUUUAGUUUGAUGUAAUUGGUAGUUUAACAAAGGGUCUAGCACGUGUAGAAACAAUGUUGUAACAAGGACUUAUUUAUGUGUAUAUAUUUGUAACA